AUGAAUACUUUUGUUGUCCCGAUCCUGUCCGUUUUUGUUCUUCUUUCGGGAGUAUCAGGUGAGAAAUAUCUUGAAAAAACGCAAUAUGAGAUUAUAAAUAUAAACAACUAUCUGACUUAUUUGAGUGGUUAUGCGCUAUGGUAUUCCGUAUGGCGGUAGAAUCGAUGAUUUAUUCGAAUUAUAUCUCGCUAACAUUUCUUUCUUUUGGAACUGAUUGUUUCUUCAUUACGAAAUAAGAUUCUGAAUUAUCUUCAGUUCGUUUCGGUCGACAGUACAUAUACUUUUCUAUGUGUUGCUUCUCUGUUGGCUCCGAUGUGUCAAAAGAUAUGCAUCCGUGAGUGUUGACAUGUCAUACAGGUAAGCCGAAUUUUUAAAGACGACACGUUUUUGCUAAACAAUCUAGCUAUUCAUAAUCUCGUUAACAUAUAUUUUAGUUUGUAAACUACAAUUCUCUACUUUGGCUUUAAAAAAUUGUUUGACUGAGAAAGAAAAUGUAUACGAAAGCACAUUCAUUUUAGAUUCGACUUCCUUCAUCUCCAUAAUUUCCUGUUUCCUCUGUAAUCGUUCGUAGCAGAAUGUGCUAGUGAAUCGAGUUUUUGGGAUCAUUCCUCCAUAAGCAAGUCCGUCCAUCCAAUGGAUUGAAUCGAUGACCCUAUUUCUUUGCUUGUGUCGCUGUGUACUUAUGCAGAAAAAAAUUCUAAAGCAAUUAAAAUAAAUGGAGGUGAAUUAACAAUUUAAAAUGGAGUCCGACAUUGGCCGGCCGGGGGGGGGGGCCGGGGGGGAGUGUAUGAGCUGCUUGUAAGGUCUCUCCUAAUUGGUCCGACCUGGGUGAGUGUUUAUCAAAACUUGACGAAACCAGUGUUAAUUUAGAGUUCUACAAUGUAGGCUAAAACGGGCAUGUGAUGAUCAUUCAAUAGUCAAGUUAUACAAGUGAAUGUAGUUAGCUAUUCAGGUCACAUAUCAACGUUUUUAAUAAAAGUAAAGAACAGUUGCCAUUAGUUUGUUCACAAUAAGCUUUUUUUUCCAUUUUUUUCUUCUAUCUUGCAAACAACAAAAACGUUACAAUGCUCGAAAUUGAAAGGAAUAUCAAAAAAAGUUUUUUCAAGUGUUAAAAUUUUCCGAGAUUAGUUUAGAGAUAAAAAUAACCAGAUUUCAGGAAUCUUUACGGGCCCUUUUUUCGGAUCACAAACACCCUCGUGGGAAAAGCGCCCUGGGGACGAGGUUGGAAACACAGUCCUAAUUAGACUCCACUCAGUCUUUAUUCUAUCAUUAUUUAUUUUUUAGUUGUGAGCUUCCUGUUAAUUAUAGCCUUUAGUUGAGUGAAGUUUCACGUUAAAACAAGUAUUUAUUACCAUUCUCUCUUGUACUUACUUAUAACUUACAUUCUGACUAUGACAAGGUUUUACCUAAAAUAGUAGUUUUCAUCAUUGCUUUCCUUUUAACUUAACAGGUGUUAGACAAGGCGGUGACCAGGCCAACGAUACCUCUCCGGACAUUUCUAACGAGAAGUGUCCACUGCAAUUAAAUACUAAACUUCCGGGCAUGAAUUGUUCAGUUUCUGACGACUACUUCUGUGGACAAAUCACGUGCUCAGCUCUCUUCAGCCACGUGGAUAUAGAUUUGACCAUGGAAAUUACCCGAGUGGAUGAUUCAGAUUGGCCAAGGAGGUACAUUUCGGCUUAUAUCAGUUUGUCUGUUCGAGACAACCUGACAUGGUCGCACUCAUUCCUUGAUGGAGAAAAGUUUAAGGUUCCUGGGUUCCCGCUGAAAGUGGAAGGUUUUGAGGGAGCUGAUGUGUUUUUACAGGUCUCCCUAAAGAAAGAAAAUCGCACCAUCUAUUUCAAGGUAAGCAUGAUUGAGUAUAAGGACGGUGUCCUGUGCGUUAGAGACUUUUCGUCGGGUGCGCGGAAUAUUUGGUCGUGACAACGUUAUGUAGACCCCUUCCCCACUCCCCGCGAACAUAACUUGCCCACCCCAACGGUCACUAUUUCUACUCUCCCCCAAUCCUCCUCUUAAAUAAUCGAGAUUUGCAGUCAUUUGAGUGAAAAAGGGUCAAAAGGCCGUUUUUUGAGCCAACGAAGGAAAAGGAAAGGAAAAAAAUAAUAGAGCGAGGAGAAAGAAAGGAAGAGAAGAAAAAAUAGCAAUGGUUGCACACUUAAUUAGCUUUUAUAAUGGCUACUUUGAAAGCUUUUGGCUGAAAAAAACUCAGUGUUUGACGGUAACGUUUUUAAAAAUCCGGCUAGAUAUGUAUGACCUAGAAAAAAAGCUGCUUUGUUCUGUAGUACAGCAAAUCUUGAAUUUUCUAAUUACAAAGUUAUAACACUGCAAACGCAAGGCUGAUACAAUGGUUAUAAGGUCUGCUAAUAAGAAUCAAAAGCGAUUCACGUAACUUUGUCAGUGAAUCAAAGGAAGGUGUACUGCGAAGAGGGAAGAUGCUGGAAAAGAAUAUAUUAGGCUGACAAUUUAUACUCAUGAUCGGUUUCUUUCUUCUCUUUACUUUUCUGUUAAGUUUUUAUUCCACUGUUAUUACGAUCAGGUUGACUUACACGCUAUAUGGAGUAACCUCACAACAGAGAAAACAUACAGUACAACGAUCUUUGCGGGAAAAACGCCAGACGAUCCCAUGUUAACCAUUGCAGUUUGCCGUUUUCGUCCCUUUGAUGGUAAGUAUGAUAUAACUAGAUGUACUAAUGAUCAUGAGCAUCUUCAAAACUCUAACAGCACAUGUAAUUAGUGCUCACAACUGGAAUUUUAACGCGGCUUCUGAACGCCUGUAUACAGCCGCACAGCUUGGCGCAAAAUGGUUGACCGAACACGGAUCAUUUCAAAGAAGCAUUGCGAAAAUGGCUCAGUAUAUGCCGGCACGAAAACCCUAGUAUAAACACCUAUCCGCUAUGUUAGUUUCCACUUUCGAAAUGGACGCAGCACAGCUUCGCUCCGUUACAGAAAUCGCGCCGAGCUGAUCACCGUUUUUUUGUGUGAACAGAAGCCAUAUCCCGGCGGUAUGGUUUUCGUGCCGGAGCUAAAGACUAUUUGGUACAUAUCCUUCAUGUGAAAUUCUCCUUUAUGGCUGACAAUGCCUUUGGCGUUUGUGCCAUCCCCUUAUGCAGGGUGCAGGUGUUGCCAACAAAAUACAAAAACAUCAAAAAUACUCCACCAUGGUCUACCAUCGCUGAGCUCAAUCAGAAGAAAACAGGACAUUGUAUAUUGCUAAAAUUUCUUUUUAAUUUGAUAACUUUUUUCUUUCCCGCUUCGUACAGGUAAGUCAGAUGAUCAUGAGCGCCCAUUUCAUAAAAGAUUCCAUGCGUUCCCGACUUUUUCCAAGGUUCUGAUUGCUAUGGCAGUUUGUGCACUGGUAUUUUUCCUAAUCGUUGUCGCCACCUUUUACUACUGCAAGAAGAAAAAGGUAACCGCUGGCCAAGUGAAACCUUCCAAGCCUCCUUCCUAUGAAGAGGCUACUUCUAUCAAGACCAAGGUUCCGAUGCAGCCGCUGAUCAAUAAAGUGUAGGGCGUCGGCGCAGCGUUUAGUUUAGCCUUAGUGUUCAACUCGGCUUUGCUUUGGAAGAUAUUCGGUUUUUGAUAUUUGAAUAUGCCAACUGUUAAUAUAAACCAUCUAAUUAACUAGUUUUGAUUAGAUGGGAGAUGGACUGCUGAUGUUUUUAUAUGCCAAUGGUUUAUUUUUCUGAACUGAAUCAGCUGAAUCAGCAAUUUCUUGCUCGCACAUCGUGUCUGAAACUUGACAUCGGUUUUAUUUUAAUUAAUUUCUACCUUUAGAGUUAAUUGCAUGUUAAUGAAGAUUGAAAACCUAUACAAAGAAUAGAGUACUGAUAAAAGUACGGAAAACUGCUUUAAUUGCGGGAAAAAGAGAAGACGGAGAAACUAAAAAAGACAAAGCUGAGAGAAAGACAAGGGAGAUUCAAGAUAGAAAUCCGAGAAACUGAGAAAGAAAAGGAAAAAGAGCAGAGGCGAGAAAAUAGGGAGCUUAAUAAGCAACUACGACGAUAGUCCAGUCAAUCUAGGCGUUUUCGAGGCUCAACAUCAAAGUAAUUGCAACACAAUUGUUUUCAACGCCAUUUAAGUAAGGGUGGCCUAUCUAGCAACAUACUAAAAAUCCGCCAAAUUCCGAUCGGUAGAAGACGUCAAAAUUAAGCGUUAAACAUUUUGAGCUUUAAACACAGGCAACCCACGUUAUGUGAAAUAUACGUUAAAACAAAAAAUGCACAAACUGUGUUUGUUACUUUUAUGGAAAAGUGAAAGAAGAAAGAAUAACUGCUACCUAGUUUUCGGUGAUAAAAACGAAGCGUUUCUUUUUUCAAAAAGGAUAAAUAUUAUACACGGUUGGCUUUUGCACAGAAAGCCCAUGCUCGACUCUAGGAACCCCAAAAUAACAGGAGGCUUACAGAGUAAUAGAGUGAACCGUUGGCUGUAAAACUACAACAAAUUUAGUCGUAACGCUUUAAAUCUGAAAAAUGAUGGCCGUUACUUAAUCAUUGGCUUUAAAUAUAUGUAUAUAUUCUUUUUUUUCAUCAGAUUUCUGUUAGCCGCAAGAGUAAGAAAAAUAUAUAUCUAGCUGGAUUUUUAAAGAAAGUUACAGCCAAAAUAGAGCUCUCCCCUCCAACAGUUUUCUCUUUCAAAAACUAUCUCCAAAGAAGUCAACAUUCUAGGGGAUUUUCGGGCUGAUUUUGGCUUCGGCUUUUGGUCUUUUUCUCAGUCAAAAGACUGCAGUUUUCGUUCGGUAGGUUUUCAAAAACCCAGCAAGAUUAAUGCUUUGGCUCUUACGGCUACCUAUACAUUUAUUUUCGUUAACGUACUGACAUCCUCAAAUAUACAAGUUUUACUUUUUUUAAGCUUUUCGUUUUCCUCUUGUUAAAAGUGAAUUGGAGAGGAGGGAAGGAUAUUUUUAUACUAAUUCUUUACGAUGCACAACAAUGCAGCGUUUUUGAGCAGGUUAAGCUCCAAUGCCUAUGAAUUUGAUAAGAGGGAAGUGCGUUUUCAUUUAAGGAAAAGUGUUGCUACCUUCGCAAAAAAAUUAUAAUGGUUAACGGAACAUUCAUCAAUCAAUCAAUCAUUUAUUUUAACAAGUUACGUCAAAGAGCUAAAAAAACUCGUUCAAAAUUAGCCUGCGUGGCAGGCACAAAAAUACGAACGUGUAU